CUUAUAAUAAUGAAACAAAAGAAUGCUGUCACUAGUGGUUUUUAUAUCAUGAUAAAAAUAGAUAGCACUGGUAUAGACCCACUUGCCAAUUGGGAUCAAGUAUUUGGUAUUUUUAGAGGAUGUCUACACGGCCAGGCUAAUAUGGGUGCUCUUCAAGAUCACAUUAUAGCACAGAUGAAUACUAGUAAUAGCUUUAAAAAUCCUUCAAUUGCUCAUGAUUAUGCAAACAUAGUUGGUAAUAAUGCAGUAACACAACAGAUUAAGAAUCAAUUUUUACGAGAUUUGUCUUCUGACUUGAAGGAUAAUACAGAACGUAUUAGUACUGAGCAACCAUUAGCUGAUCUUUUUGAAAUUUUGGAGUGA